AUGGAACUUCACUUACAUCUGACAGCUGUUUCUCGUGCUCUGGAAUACAAAUGGGGUACACCUGUGGACCUGGAAACUUCCGAGGAUAUGAGGACGUGUUUACCGGCCGUCAUAGACUUACCAACAACCACGUUCUCCUCCGAAGAAUAUUUAAGAAGCAUAAGAAGGAACACAUCUGAACGUGCACUAAGAAAACCAACCCUGCAUAGAAAGGACACCUUCGAUAAUAUUUCACAGUCGAGAUUACCCAGUGAAGAAAUUGUGUGUGAAGUAUUGGAUAAAACCAUUUAUUUCUUGGACGAUACUAUAGAUUCAAAAUAUGAUUUAGAUAGCUCUGAAUUUAUCGACAAUUACACUGAGAAUAAUCUGCGGAACAAUGACAUCGAAUACUAUAUGAAUGAAAAAAAUAAGGGUAUAUUCCGGCUGGCGUGCGAGCACGUCGUCCGCACCAUGCGUCGCGGCCGGGAGACUCUCCUCACGCUGCUGGAGGCCUUCGUGUACGACCCUCUGGUGGAGUGGGGUGGCGGGCGUCGUAAGCGCGGAGCCCGCCACGUGCGAGCAGCCAAGGCCAUGCUCGCGGUUCGCGUGAGAGAAUUGAAACACUCCGCCACCGAUAUCACAAAUCAGCUGUUGGCUAUACUUCCAGAAGUAAAACAGUGUGCGGAUAAGUGGUUAGAAGAAAAUGAACAGUUAUGUACUGUUGAGGAAAAACUUGAAAUGUGUCACCAACAGAUGGCCCUCAUCAAAGAGGUCGAGGCGUGCGGCAACAACCUCAGCAGCCACCCUCUGUACGCCAUCUCACAGAAAUAUACGUCAUACAAACAAGCCAAAAACGCGGUCGAAGACUCCAUGAAAGCUCUCGUGAAAAUCCUCAACGACUUCGAUACUCAGAUAGAAAGUUUUGCAAACACUAAUGACGUAUUGAACGGCCCGCAGCUGAUGUCCUGGGUGCAAGAGUUCUCCGGGCCUCACUACGACGACGAGAAACCCAUAUUCGAACCCAUAAAAGAGUUUUUAACCAACGCCGGAAAAGGUUCCAUGAUAUCACAGUUCGAGCAGGCGGAGAUAGAGUUGAACCAGAGCAUGCAGCAGACAAACCUACUGGUGAGGUCCUGUCUCGAGCUGCUCACACAGUACGUGGCCGUCUCUCAGUACUACCCGCAGAGUCGGACCGAGUACCACCGACUAGUGAUGUUCCGUAAGUACCUGGCGACAGCUCUGGAAAGUAAGUCGCCGGAAGUGUGUCGCGAGGUGGCCGGCCAGGUCACGGCCCUGGUGGAGGCGGACAACGUGACCGGGGACUCGCAGCAGAUCAUCGCUUACAACUAUCGCUUGCAUCAAAUCAACGCGGAGGCGAACGCCUACCUCAACAAGUGCCACGAGAGGCUGCAGCUAGAGGGCGGGCCCGACGCCGUCGCUCUGGCGCAGGACAGCUACAUGGAGGCCAAGAACAACAUCAACAACUGGCUGCGGGCGGAGGAGGGCGCCGGGCUGGCUCUGGAGCACGCCGCUAUAGGGAUGCUGUGUAGUCUGAACAGGAGGUACCUCAUGCUGGAGAACGGCGCGCAGAGCGCCGGGGACUGUCUGGUGGACCUCACGUCCCGCGACGGAGAGUGGUUCCUGGACGACAUGAACUCGCUGUCCAUGCAGGCCAUCGAGCUGCUGUCUCUGCUGCCGCUGUCCUCGGCCACGGCGGACGACGCCGCCCUCACGGUGGCCGUGGAGUGUGUCAAGAACGCUAAUCUGCUAAUAGCCGACUUAGUGCAGCUGAACUACAACUUCAGUACGAUCAUUCUCCCCGAGGCCGUCAAGAAAGUGCACUCCGAGGAUCCGUCGACGCUGCACAUGAUCAGCGAGCUGACCGCGCUCAUCAGCAACACGCCCGUGACGCUCACCGAUCUGCUCGCACAGCUUGAGAUGCACUUCCGCUACCUGCUCAUGGACAUGGAGUCCCCAGCCGCGGGUGCACAAGUCCUAGCGGCGGAGCUCCGUAGUCGCUACGAGGAGCUGCUGUCCCCGUCGGAGGGCGAGGCGGCGGGACAGACGCCGGGCCGCAUGCUGCUCAUGGGGUUCAGCGGGCUGUUCGCGGCCGUGGAGCUGCGCGCGAGGGAGCUGGCCGACCACCUCGCCGCGCCGCUGCAGCCCGCCUGGAGGAAGAUCGACCACAUCAACGACGCCAUGCACAUGGCGGCCGCCAUGCAGAGCCCCGCGCUGCGCUCCGUGCUGGAGGACAUCUUCACGGUGCGUCGCGUGCAGACCGUGGCCGAGGUGUUCUCCCUGUGCGUGCAGCUGGCGCGGGCCUUCCGCGGGCCCCCCGCACACCCCGCACACCCCGCCGCCACACAGCCUCUGCUGGACGACGCCGCGUUGUGUAAACCAGUCAGACGGUUCACGGCGGAAUACGUGUCCCGUUGUUUCCUGGGCGUGCACUCCCUGUCUCUGGGCCGCGCGCUGUGUCUGCUGCUGCGGCGGGCGAGGCUCGACCUGCGGGCCGAGGUCGAGCAGAAGGAGAUCGGCGCGUCCUGGAGCGUGUCGCUGGAGUCCCUGGUGGAGAAGGCGUGCGGCCCGGUGUCGGCGCGCGCCGCGGCCCUGGCCGGAGCCCUACAGGCGGCCCGGGCCCGCUCGCUCCGCGCCGCCGCCGCCGCGCGCGCCCUUGACCGAGCACGAGCCUCCGCACGCGCCAGCAGACUGCGAGCCGCCGCACACGCCAGUCUACACGCUGAAGUAACAUACUACUAUAAUAUACUACAAUAUGAGGACCGUCUGGAAACUAUAUACAACAUCGUGUCCGGAGCCCCCGAGCCGGGCCCGGCGCUGUCCCGCGCGGCCCGGGACCUCACGGCCGCCCGCUCACGACUCACGGACGCUCUGGAGAAGGCACAGGCGCUCCUCACACCCGCACACCAGAGAGUGAAGUGGGGCGCGGGAGCGAACCCCGAGCUGUUGGGCGCGGUGGUGGCGCUGGAGUCAGGCUGGGCGGCGCGGGCCGGGAGGGCGCACGCUCUGUGCCGCGCGGGCGCUGUGCUGGCGCCGCACGCGCGCUGCGCAGCCGCCCUGGCUGCCGCGCGCCCCGCACGACACGCGCGGGCCUUGAGACACGCGCGCACGCUUAGGACCGCGCUCGCACACUGGGAAAAGGCGUGCACGCUGGCCCACAAGUACUCGCUGCACGUGUCGCCCGUCGAGGAGUCACUCAUGGAGAUGCUGCACCCCGAGGGAAACAUCGACACGCACUGGGUGGGGGACGUGUCGGCCCUGGUGCAGGACACGCUGUGUUCGCGGUCCGCGGCGGCCAGCUCCACCCGUGCCCGUCUGUGUGAGGCGGGGGACGCCCUACGAGCGGCCGCCGCGCGCCUCAAGGGGGCCGCCGCCGGACGAGACCAGCUGUUGCACGACUUGGCGCCGUCACUACACGCGCUGGCUCCCUACAACGAGGGUGACAACCCGUCGCAGGAGUUCCUGUGUGUGUGGCGCGCGGUGACCGAGCGGCUGGCGGCGGUCGGCGGGCUACAGGACGGGGAGCUGGACCGGGAGCGGGUCACGAGGAGCGCUGCCGACACACACGCGCUGAACACGGACCUGCCGCUACUACUGGACAUGAUGCUGCAGUUACCAGGGAACACGGACACGAGCCGGCGACUGACGAGACAGGCAGCCGUCAACAGACCGCCCGCCAGGCACGGUGGAGUACAUCAUAUCGGAAGCGACCAGCGCGGACAACCUCUGCCUCAUGUACGAGGGCUGGAUGGCGUGGGUGUGAGUCCCGGGCGGUGCUCCGCCCCCGCCCCGCGCCGCCCCCGCCGUGUGCGGACGGGCGCUCCCGUGCCGCUCGGCCCGCGGGCGCCCUCCCGCGAGCCCCACGAGCCGGACCGCAGCCCCCGGGCUCGGCCCCGACGACGACGUCAAGUACGGAAGACCCCCCGGGGACUCUCCGUAUCACGAUUCGAUGUUAGAUUUAAAGUAUCGCGACUCAAACGACGACUCGCUCACAAGACGACCAGCGCCGGCCCCUCCGGACCGGGGUCAUCGACAUAG